AUAUGGCGAUGAUUGCGAUGAUUCAGUAAUUCCUUGAGUUAGUUAGUGUUAAAUCGUCAAGUUUACUUAUGUACAACAAAGAAAAAGAGGAUCAAUGUCAAUUUCCCUCGUGGUUCUCAGAUUUGAGGUUGCUGAUGACCUGCCUUUGCCCCAAGGCUUAGAUUACAGUGCCCCUGGGUUUGUCACAAGUAAAGACAUGUCGGCAUCAGAAGAGGGAAAUUGUACUGGUGGGGAGGAGAAGGAUCCUGCACCCAGCAAUGUCUCUGAAGAAAAGAUGAAAGUUCACAGGGGUGGACGAUAUCCUCAUGAUAUUCACCUUGAAACACUAGCAAGAAAUAGUGAUGCAGCUCAUGGAGAAGAACGAGAGGAAAAAGGGAAAGUGGCAUUCUUCUGUGGAAAUCCUAUGGUGGAGAUCAUCAAGGGAAUUAUACACAUCUAUAAGAACAAUGAGAUGACGUCAUUGUCUGAAGGCGUUAAACGGAGUGAGAUGAUCUGCAUGCUUGCUGUACCAGCCAAGAUGACCUGUAUUGAACUCAUGCAAUUUGUAGCUCCUUCAGAAGAAUUUAUUGAAUGUGUCAAGAUCAUCAGAGAUGCCACACCCAAUCAGUACAUGGUUCUUGUGAAAUUUAGGAGUCAGGAACUGGCUGAUGAAUUCUACAAUACAUUUAAUGGUCAGCCUUACAAUCUCUUAGAGGAAGAGGUUUGUCAUCUAGUCUAUGUUGCUAAAGUGGAAACCAAGAAAUUAUCAGAGGGAGGAAGUCUGCCGUGUGUGGGUUUAACUGAACUGCCGAAGUGCCCAGUCUGUUUGGAGCGGAUGGAUGAAUCUGUUGAAGGCGUUUUAACCAUUCUUUGUAAUCACUCGUUUCACGGAAGCUGUUUGUCUAAAUGGUCUGAUACUACUUGUCCAGUGUGUAGAUAUUGCCAAACUCCACAACCCGUGGACGGGAACAAGUGCUUUGAAUGUGAUUCAAAUGAGAGCCUGUGGAUUUGCCUUAUAUGCGGUCACAUAGGAUGCGGUAGAUAUCUGAGGUCUCACGCCAAGAGACAUUUCCAAGAGACGCAACACACAUAUUCUUUAGAACUGGGAACACAGCGAGUCUGGGACUAUACAGGAGAUAACUUUGUACAUCGUCUGAUCCAGAAUAAGGCUGACGGCAAGCUUGUGGAGUAUGGUUCAGGACAACAGGUUAUGGAUGAAGAAAAAAUGGAUUCUGUCACGCUAGAGUACACAUACUUACUGACGAGUCAACUGGAGAACCAAAGACUUUAUUUCCAAGAAAAAAUUACUCAAAUUGAAAAAGAAGCAGCGGAGCAGGCGAGUUCUAUGGAAGAGCGAACGAAGAAAACACUGGAGGAAUGUAAAAGGUUGGAGUUGAAACUUUCUGAAGCCGAAAAAGAAAAGAAAAAUGUGGACAAAAAGUAUGCACAGGUUGUUACUAGGGUUGGAAAGCUCGUCAGUGAUCUUAAAGAAGAGCAGGAGUUAAACAAGUGUUUGCUAGAAAAUCAAAAGUUGUGGCAAGAGAAGUUGAAACAAACGGAAGAAAAGCUGCUACAAGAAGAGGCAGCUCGGAAACAGGAAGUGAGUGAUCUUCAAGAACAACUAGCAGAUCUAAUGCGUCACUUGGAGACGCAACAAGCAAUAGCGAGCGCACCUGAUGAGACGAGACAGGAGUUGCAAGAUGGUCAAAUUGUUGUGGGCGAGGGAUCGUCUUCCACGCACCAAUCAAAGAAAACUCGACGGAAAAAUAAAACAUAACGCAAUAUGUAAAUAACCGGAAAUGACAUCACACUGACGUCACUAGCGGAAGUAACAACACUAGGACGGACGUCACGCAACUAGAGGAAAAGUCGGUGCCAAAGGAACCGUAGCUGCAAUGGCAUGCUGUUUACUGAAAUAGAAGGGACGCAUAUGUAUUUAUAUCCUGAGAAAGAUCGUUAAAAAGAAGAGUUUUUCGUGAAAGAAGCAUUAUAUGCAGUCCUCACUACAGAGAACUUGAUGAGAACUCUAUCAGAUAGCAGUCCACUGGAGUGUGAGGUGGAAAAUUGAGGCUGGAAAAGACUUAUACUAUCAGAAGAUCUAUACAGUCACGUUUGUGAGUGACAAAGGCGUAGUGGAAGUCAAAAAAAGUUGGUCGUCACGUUAUUGUCCGGGCCGUCCGUUCGUACGUACGUAUGCCACUUACACUGCGCGUGCGCAAAUUUACAAGCUUUCAAGGUCUUGCUCUUAUUCAUAAGAAAGACAGUUACCUCUUUUGGCCUUGAACAAUGUUUAAGAGGCACUGAAGAGAAAAAUCAUGGGGUAGAGAGCCAUAAAACCUUGCUGGUGAAGAAUACCUGGAUAACGGUUCUUCUUUUGAUCGCAAAGACAUGUCGAUCACUAAACUUUCAACUGUGUUUUAAAUACAGAUCGCUGAUUUAAUGCAGCUUUACAAAAUGGUAAUGUACAUUAAAUUCGACUGUUUUGAAGGACUGGUAAAGCUAUAACCGAUACUGAAAUGAAUGCAAAGCCGUCGGUAACUGAACUGUAAAACCACACGUGUUUGAAAUUGUGGACGGGAAGUAGCAACACGAUAACAAACACGAGAUGAAACUAGAUACAAGGAGGCGCUGAUUUAUACAUUAAACUAUGAUACCCCACUUUAAACUCUUUAAUUCCCAUAGUGAUAAAAACAUACACUUGGUCUGGCACUUAAACAGCCGCUUUACACCGGUUUACAAGAUACGUAAGAACAACUGUAUAAUGUGUAUAGAAGCUUAGAGCAACGCGCUGUAGAGUAAGGCGUGGCUUCAGUUACUCUUGGUUAUUUCAAAUAAAAUAAAUUCAAUU